ACUCGAGUGUCCGCCGGCGAACCCUAAAGACUCUGUCAGCCUCUCUCUCUUCAGAAACAUGUCUCUCUCUUCUCUCUCCUUCGACACCAAGCCAAGAUUCGCCGUCGGAGGCCCAUUUAACCGCCGUUAUCCACCGCUCCACCACCCCCGCACCUCCGUUUCAUACUCAGCCAAGCGUCCAUCUGUCUCAGCAUCACUUAGCGUCGCCGCUGAUUCAGCCUCGACCGAGUCCAUAGCACGGAUUGAGUCACUGAGUCAAGUCUCAGGCGUUCUAGGUUGCCAGUGGGGAGAUGAAGGCAAAGGCAAGCUCGUUGACAUUUUGGCUCAACACUUCGACAUCGUCGCUCGUUGUCAGGGUGGAGCUAAUGCUGGACACACUAUAUACAACUCAGAAGGGAAGAAGUUUGCUCUUCACUUAGUGCCUUCAGGUAUACUCAACGAGGACACUACUUGCGUGAUAGGCAACGGAGUCGUGGUCCACUUGCCAGGUCUCUUCAAGGAGAUCGAUGGUCUUGAGUCCAACGGCGUCUCCUGCAAAGGAAGGAUCCUGGUCUCCGACAGGGCACAUCUCUUGUUUGACUUCCACCAAGAGGUCGAUGGACUUAGAGAGUCUGAGCUCGCCAAGUCCUUCAUUGGUACCACCAAGAGAGGCAUUGGUCCUUGCUACUCUAGUAAAGUGAUAAGGAACGGUAUCAGAGUCGGUGACCUCAGGCACAUGGAUACUCUGCCUCAGAAGCUUGAGGUUUUGCUGGCGGAUGCGGCUGCGAGGUUUCCGGGGUUUAAGUUCACCCCGGAGAUGCUUAGGGAAGAGGUUGAGGCGUAUAAGAGGUAUGCUGAGAGGCUUGAGCCGUAUAUAACCGACACGGUUUGUUUCAUGAACGACGCGAUUUCGAAUAAGAAGAAGAAGGUUUUGGUUGAAGGUGGUCAGGCUACAAUGCUGGACAUUGACUUUGGUACUUAUCCUUUUGUUACUUCCUCUAGUCCGUCAGCUGGUGGGAUCUGCACGGGUCUUGGUAUCGCUCCAAGAGCUGUUGGUGAUCUAAUUGGAGUGGUGAAAGCGUACACUACGAGAGUUGGUUCAGGACCGUUUCCUACGGAGAAUUUGGGGACAGGUGGUGACCUUCUUAGGUUGGCUGGACAAGAGUUUGGGACUACGACUGGUCGUCCUCGUCGGUGCGGAUGGCUAGACCUUGUUGCGUUGAAGUUCUCUUGCCAGAUCAAUGGGUUUGCAUCGCUUAAUCUCACUAAGCUCGAUGUGCUUUCUGACCUGAACGAGAUUCAGCUUGGUGUGGCUUACAAGAAGAGUGAUGGCACACGUGUUGACUCUUUCCCUGGUGAUCUUCGUCUUCUUGAACAACUUCAAGUGGAGUAUGAAACGUUACCAGGAUGGAACUCUGACAUUUCCUCAAUCAGAAACUACGCUGAUCUUCCGAAGGCUGCACAGCAAUACGUUGAGAGGAUUGAAGAACUCGUUGGCGUGCCUAUUCAUUACAUUGGUAUUGGACCCGGUCGUGAUGCCCUUAUAUAUAAAUGAUUUCUAGGUUAGGCUUUUUUUGUCUGACUUCAAAAAAAAAAAGAUUACUAAACACUUUGGAAUGAUUAAUGUUAUCUGUUGGCAUUGUUUCUUAUAUUGGAAAUGAAGAUGAAUUUCUAUGUGGAGUUUAAUU